AUGAAGUCCUGGGCAGUAGAGUCGGUGGUGGACCUGGUCUGGGGACCUGACAUGGCUUUCAAGAAGCAGCAAUACACCUCCGUGGCGAAUGUCUUCCCACUGGUCGUCCAGAAAGCCUUGGUGUUGUUAAGGACUGUGUCUGUGGCACUCAAAAAGAAUGGCACCAGGUACGAGCAGUGGUUCAUUCUGACCUUCUCCUUUCUACUUAUUUCACAGUGCUGCACAGCUGCCUUCAUCGCCCUCUUCUUCACGCGUUUUUGGCUGGUCAGUGCCCUCUAUGCUGCAUGGUGGUUCAUAGACAGGGAACAACCCAGCAAGGGUGGGAGGAAGAUCCAUGCCAUCCGGAACAGCAUCGUCUGGAGGUACAUGAGGGACUAUUUCCCCAUCAAGCUGGUGAAGACAGCGGAGCUGGACCCUAGGCAGAACUACCUGAUGGGAUUUCAUCCCCACGGGAUCCUGGCAGUGGGAGCCUUUAUCAAUUUCUGCACAGAGGCAUCAGGAUUUUCCACUCUUUUCCCGGGCAUCACCCCACACCUGAUGAUGCUCUCCCUGUGGUUUCGCAUCCCAUUCUUCAGGGAGUGCCUGAUGAGUGCAGGGCUUGUCUCCUCUGACAAGGAGAGCGCGUCCUACGUGCUGCAGAGGCCGGAGGGUGGGAACAUGUUGGCUAUCAUCGUUGGAGGGGCUCAGGAGGCGCUGGAUGCCCGGCCAGGAUCCUGCACCUUGCUCCUGAAGAAUAGAAAGGGAUUUGUCCGCCUGGCCAUCGAGCACGGCACCCCACUGGUCCCCAUCUUUUCCUUUGGGGAGAAUGACCUCUUUGAGCAGGUGAGAAACCCCAAGGGCUCCUGGCUGCGGCAGCUUCAGCACCGGCUCCAGCAGAUCAUGGGCAUCUCCCUUCCCCUCUUCCACGCGCGAGGCAUCUUCCAGUACAGCUUCGGGCUGGUACCCUACAGGCGGCCCAUCUGCACCGUGGUUGGGAAGCCAAUUCCAGUGCAGAGGAAGCACAGACCCUCCAAGGAAGAGGUUGAUCAAGUCCAUCAGAAAUACCUAAAUGAAUUGUGCAAGCUCUUUGAGGAGCACAAAGCUAAAUAUAACGUCCCAGAAGACAGACACCUGGAAUUUAUAUAG